AUGAUGGUUACUAUGAUGGGUUCCCUAUCAACAGAGAAAGGGUGGAAGAAAGGCCCUUGGACUAGUGAAGAGGACAAGUUGCUAACUGAAUAUGUUUGCUUGCAUGGAGAGGGUAGGUGGAGUUCGGUUUCGAAGUAUACAGGAUUAAAUAGGAGCGGCAAAAGCUGCAGGUUAAGAUGGGUAAAUUAUUUGAGGCCAGGCCUCAAGAAAGGUCAAUUAACACCUUUGGAAGAAGAAACCAUUAUCGAACUACAUGCAACUUUGGGUAACAAGUGGUCUACUAUAGCAAAGUACUUGCCAGGUAGAACUGACAACGAGAUUAAGAACUAUUGGAGAACCCACUUUGGGAAGAAGAGGGAGAGAUCCAAACACGAGAAGAAGCUCGGAAGGCGAAAACCAAAGGUGUUGAAACAAAAGCAACAACAACCUCAUAUCGUCAGCAUCACGUCUCGUGAAGAGACCAAAAACCAAACAAAAACCUUUGAGACACAAAACAAUAUGCAACAAGAAAUGGGCUUCUUGUACCCAACAAUAGAGCACCAAUACCACGUUCCUUUGAUGCAUGAGAUUGAGGGAUUCUCGUCCACGUGGCCAAACACUAUCGUCGAUGAUGAUGAUGAUUCGUGGUUUAGUUUAUGGGACUUUGGUGAACGUUUUGAAGAUUAUGUUAACCAGUUUAGUAAAUGUGUCAUGCCAAAUCAAGCUACCUUUGGGGUUGGAGUGGAUUCCAUGCAAAAUCAUGAUAAAACUUUUUUGUUUUAUUGACACAUACGAUAAUCUUUUCUACGGGAAAGAUAUAUUUGGUUGACCUAUUUUAUGUUUUGCUAUGCAUCUAGUUGAAUAGACAAGUUCAUAUAAUUUUUAUAUAGGAGUGGAAUAAUGUAGGGGUACUUAGUUGAACGCUUCUCUUUAGGCUUUCUGUGAUUGAUGUAAACUUGUUAUUAAUGCAUUAGUAAUAUUACAUUAU